AUGGCGGCGCCGCUGCGCCGGCGCCUGCGGGCGCUGGCGGCGGCGCUGGGCGGCUGCGGGCUGCUGCUGGGCUCGGCGCUGGCGGCGGGCGACGAGCGGCUGCAGGCGGCGGUGCUGCCCGCGGUGCUGCCCGCGCUCCGCGCCGUCCCUCCGGAGGCCGCGCACGGCCUGGCCCUGCGCGCCGCCGCCUUCGGGCUGCUGCCGGCCGCCCGCCCCGACGGCCCCGCGCUGGAGGUGCGCGUCCUCGGGCGGCGGUUCCGCAACCCGUUGGGCCUGGCGGCUGGCUUCGACAAGCACGGCGAGGCUGUGGACGGCCUGUACAAGGCGGGCUUCGGCUUCGUGGAGGUGGGGACCGUCACACCCAAGCCCCAGGAGGGGAACCCCAAGCCCAGGGUUUUCCGGCUGGUGGAGGAUGAGGCGGUCAUUAACAGGUAUGGAUUCAACAGUCACGGCCACGCUGCAGUGGAACGCAGGCUGCGGGCCCGCCAGGAGGCACAGCGCAAGCUCACUGGUGCGGGGAUGCCUCUUGGAGUCAACCUGGGCAAGAACAAGAGCUCUACAGAUGCUGUAGCUGACUACGUGGCUGGGGUCCGAGUGCUGGGCCCCUUGGCCGACUACCUGGUUGUGAAUGUGUCCAGCCCAAACACCCCAGGGCUGCGGGACUUGCAGGGCAAGGCUGAGCUGCGGGACCUGCUGACCAAGGUGCUGGCAGAGAGGGACACGCUGCCAUGCAAGCACAAGCCAGCUGUGCUGGUGAAGAUUGCCCCAGACCUUACUCUGCAGGACAAGCAGGACAUAGCUAGUGUCGUGUGCGAGGGUGCUGGUGAUCCUGACGAGUGA